AUGUAUUGUCCCUAUAAAUUUGUGCCAGUUAAAAAUUGUGCCAAAGAAGCUCGACGUCAAGUCGAUCCGCACGGUAAUGCAAGAUGGCCAACAUAUACCAUCAGUCAACUCGAAUCAGAAUUUUUUCGGCAGCGCUACCUGACGAAUGAAGCGAGAGCAAAUCUGGCCGCAGUGCUCGGUUUGACACCACAGCAGGUGAAAAUUUGGUUUCAAAAUCGUCGUUAUAAAUCGAAAUGUAAAAGCGAUUCGAAUAAAUUCUCAAAAAAGAAAACUGAAAUAGAGAUCAGUGACUUUUUGCAUAAAUUUAAGCAUUUGCAACGACCAGUUAUAAUUUUAAUAAAAGAUGGAUGCCUUACUCAACAGUAUUAUCAAAUUAUUACAAUGCUACUGAACUUAUUUGCUGCAGCUGCAGCUGAUAUCAGCUGA